AUGCACGCCGCUCGCUUCCUUGCCAUCAUCUCCGCCGUUGUCUGUUGUACCUCGGCCGCUGCCGUUAACAUCCGGUGGGGCGCAACUAGGAAUGCCGCCGUCGUCGAACGUCGCCAAGCCAACGUUACAUGGACUGCAGAGAACUACAUUUGGGGCUGCUCACCCGGCGGGUGCAGCGCUCGUUUCAAUAUCAGCGCUCCAGAAGGCUACACCUCUGGCGCUCCCGGAUUCAAUGUCGUCUGCAGCCCCAUUUACAUCCAGCAGGGUUGGGUGCCCUGCCGCAACCCCGACAACAGCCCUAUUUCCGAGGACUCCCAGGUCUUCUCUAUAUGGACUGCAGGCGCGGAUCGUGAUCGCCAGUAUCUCGGUGUUUCACAUAUUUAUAAGAAUCUUGACGACUCCCUGACCUGGAACGCUACCGCCGGUACCGACUUUCUUCCUGUUACAAACAUGAGCAUCAUAUUCCCAGUCAACACCAUCACCGCUGUCGGAACCAAGAAGAACGCAAGCUGUGCGGCAGACGAAUAG